GGGUGGGGUUUAGAGGAAGCGGAAGUGUCAGAGCAGGCGGAAGUGGUACUGCCCUGAAUAUCCCGAGCAGCGAGCGGAGGACGGCUUGAGAUACUCCCAUCGUUAAGAGAAUAAAAUCAGGAUCCCUAAUACGCUCUAAAUCCUAGAAGAUGGAUAAGAACGACCUGGUGCAGAAAGCCAAGCUGGCAGAGCAGGCCGAGCGCUACGACGACAUGGCGGCUGCCAUGAAGGCGGUGACGGAGCAGGGCCAGGAGCUCAGUAACGAGGAGCGCAACCUCCUCUCUGUUGCUUAUAAGAACGUGGUCGGGGCCCGCCGUUCCUCCUGGCGCGUCAUCUCCAGCAUCGAGCAGAAGACGGAGGCAAACGAGAAGAAACAGCAGAUGGCCCGUGACUACCGCGUGAAGAUCGAGAGUGAACUCCAAGAAAUCUGCCACGACGUGCUGAACCUGCUCGACAAAUUCCUCAUUCUCAACGCAUCUCAGGCAGAGAGCAAGGUGUUCUACCUCAAAAUGAAAGGAGACUACUUCAGAUACCUGUCGGAGGUGGCCUCUGGGGACUCGAAGAAGGAAACGGUGGAGAACUCUCAGAAGGCCUACCAGGACGCCUUCGACAUCAGCAAGAAGGACAUGCAGCCAACACACCCCAUCCGGCUGGGCCUGGCCCUCAACUUCUCCGUCUUCUACUAUGAAAUCCUCAACUCGCCCGAGCAGGCCUGCUCUCUGGCUAAGCAGGCGUUCGACGAGGCGAUCGCCGAGCUCGACACCUUGAACGAGGACUCAUACAAAGACAGCACGCUGAUCAUGCAGCUACUAAGGGACAACCUUACUCUGUGGACAUCAGAAAACCAGGGAGACGAGGGUGAAACCGGCGACGCGGACAACUAGAGCGCACUUCACUGUUGACCCAUCCCAACACCUCUCCCCCCCCCCCCCCUCUCCCUUUUAUCUCCUCCUCUUUCUUCUCUCCUCCCUCUCUUCGUACACAUAAAGCGGCCCGUUCAUUCCCUCGUCCCACCUCUCCGAGCCCAGCCGCCCGACUUUCCUUCUGUAUAACCAACAGCAUGAAUUGCACCCGACCUUCACAAAUAUUAACGAGCGAGGCGAGGGGAAGGACACGGCUCCGUCUCCCUCGCCGCCAUCUUGGCUCCUCCUCCCUCCCUCCCCCUCCCUCCCUGCCUCCCACCCGCCCUCUCUCCAUCAUGGCACUCCGACGCGGGCCGGCAGCGUAAAACCUCUGGCCGGUUUAGUCUUCUAGCACGCAGAGAGGGUUUUUAUCUAAAUUAACAUCCUCCAGAGCCCACCUUCUCCUGUUUAUACCUUCCUUGUUUAAUCUUUCUCUUCCACCCCCCCCCCCCCCCAACCCCCCCGCUAACAUCUCGGUAUGUUCUCUCCCUCCUCCUCCUCCUCCUCCCCUCCUGUCCUAGUGAGUUGAAGCAUUUAUAUAGUUGUCCAUCCCUUCUCUGUUUGGCUUUUCAUAGUGUACUGGCAAAAAACAAAUGGCUGGUUUUAUUCCACUUUAAACGAAAACAAAGGUUAUUAAACUGUCCGUUUAUUUUCAACAAACGCUGUGGUGCUUAGUUUUUCCUGCAGGUCCUCCUGAGCUGGGAGUGAAGGGGGGGGGGGGGGCGGGUGGUGGUUUGAUCAGCGGGGGAGUUCUGCUGGGGGUUCAUACAGAAGGGUCCUCCACACAAGGCUGUAUUGUGACACUGACAAAAGUUAAAGAAGUGUUUUUUUUUUUUUUUUUUUUUUUUUUUCUUACUGGGUAAUCAAACACUCGCCGGUUUCAUUUUUUUAUUUAAUCCUUUUUUUUUUUUUUUGCCAACUGGGACCUGAAAAGAUUCGACACCAUCUCUCACAUCUUUAGUUUGAAGCUAAAGGGGUAAAAAAAAAAAAAAAACGGUAAAUUGUUCAGUAGGAGUGGAAACAUUCCAUCUUUGGUCUCAGCAGAGCGGACCCGCUCGCCUCCCUGACCCCACCCGCCUCUCUUCGCCUCCGUCUGGGUGUGUUUGAUUCUGUAACCAAUCCAUCAGCUCCGUUUUUUUUUUUUUGUUUUUUUUUUUUUGAAAACUGUAAAAUUGUAAAACAUUUUUUUUUAGAGCUUAACUGUAAAUCAUUGUUUUUUUUUGUUUUGGAGAACAGAAUGGUUUCUGGAUGUUCUUUACCACCCGCCUGCAGAUAAAACCAUGAAGCCGUUACAGUCAGCUGCUUCUUUUUUUUUUUUUUUUUUUUUUUAAACCAGAUCUUUUUCUGUCUCCGUCUUCCGUCUCUGCUCUCAUUCUGUCCAUUCCUGCCUCUGCAGACAAGUUUAGUCAAGUCCCGUGUUAGCGCUCACAGCCGAACGCUGCAGAAAAAGGAAAAAAAAAACCCGCAUGCCUUUUUAGCCGUAGCCGUUCGAGUCGAAAACGAGACGCUUUCUGAGACCCGGGCGUCUCUUAUGUGAUCAAAAUCCUAAUUCCUCGUCUGCUCUUUUUUAAAAACCGAGGUAGUUUAGGUGGAGCUAGUUACGAAAAAAAAAAAAAAUAAAAUGAAUAAAUCAAAGUAGUGAUUUCCACAUGUGUUUUUUGGUGCAGGUAGAGGCCUCGGCGGGUGUGUACAUUUAAGGAGCCAAAUCACAGCCGAUCAGCCAAUCGAGGAAAUGAGAACCUGUAGUUUGGAUUGUGGUUUUUAAACAAUGUGCAGAUCGGUUGAGGCACGCUUCCAGCUGCACCGAAAAAAAAUAAAAAAAGGUUUGAAGUUGUCAGAGAUUGGCGUCUUUUAUUUCCCCCCUCCUUUCUUCACCAAUCAUAAUAAGUGUUUAAACAUAUGAUUAGGUUUAAGGACAGGUGUCGGCAGAAGCAUCCUCCUCUUUUUCUGCUCAGUGUCACAAUAACCUUGUCUAAAGCACCAUGACAUUCCACUCUAGAUGUCGAAGGUAUUUUUCGUUUCCUGGGGACAAAUCUCUUCAUGCACUGACAUUUAAAAAGUAGAAAAAGACACACAAAAAAAAACUCAUCCUCCCCGCUGCUUCUUUUUUUUUUUCUCUCUCUCUCUUUCUCUCUUUAGCUGAACAAAAAGACGGUUAUUCUUCGCUUUCUAAGGAAAAAAAAAAAAAAAAACUGAUCCCAUGCAGUAGUGAAUGUGGCACCGAGCCUGUCUGUAUAUCUGGUAUCUGAAAUCAUUUUGUUUUUACUGACCAGUAUUCUGCUUAAAAUAAAACAAAAAUCAACCCAAAAAACAACAAAACGGUCUGCUUCUGUGACGGUUUUCUUGCUUAGUCGCACGUGGCUGUGAAACUUUAGGGUUAGCUUAAACAUACAAAUAAAAACACGAAAAAAAAAAAAAAAACAACCCUGAGUACCUUUCCUUCACUCUGGUUCUUGACGUAAUACUAGAUUUGUGUAUGUUUAAAGAAAAAAAAAAAAAAACUUCCCAACUCUAGUUACAUGUUAUAAACAGGACAAAUUGUAAAAGACGAUUUAAAGUGAAAUAAAGUUUUAUCAGUUCCGAA